UUAAUGGGAACUGUCGCAAGGCAUGCUGGGUACUGUCAUGGUGGCUGGCGGCGGAUGUGAAUUAAACGUUUCUCUUACUGUUUUGUUGUUGUCGAAACAUUUCGAGUAAAUUUGGUAAAAUUUUGAGUUGACCAGCCGGCGAAAUGGCGUCCACUGCGGCGGGCAAACAGCGGAUACCGAAGGUGGCUAAGGUGAAAAAUAAAGCUCCUGCAGAGGUUCAGAUCACUGCUGAGCAGCUGCUGAGGGAAGCCAAAGAGAGGGAGCUCGAACUUCUGCCACCACCACCGAAACAGAAGAUCACUGAUGAAGAGGAGCUGAAUGAUUAUAAACUGAAGAAGAGAAAGGGGUUUGAGGACAACAUCAGAAAGAAUCGAACUGUCAUCAGUAACUGGAUCAAAUACGCACAAUGGGAAGAAAGCCUGAAGGAGAUCCAGAGGGCUCGUUCCAUUUACGAGCGAGCGCUGGAUGUCGAUCACCGCAACAUCACUCUAUGGCUGAAAUAUGCCGAGAUGGAGAUGAAAAGCCGUCAGGUGAACCAUGCCCGAAACAUCUGGGACAGAGCCAUAACCAUCCUCCCACGUGUCAACCAGUUCUGGUACAAGUACACGUACAUGGAGGAGAUGCUGGGAAACGUGGCUGGCUGUCGACAGGUGUUUGAGCGCUGGAUGGAGUGGGAGCCUGAGGAGCAGGCCUGGCACUCCUACAUCAAUUUUGAGCUUCGCUACAAGGAAGUGGACAAAGCCCGCACCAUUUAUGAGCGAUUCGUCAUGGUUCACCCCGAAGUGAAGAACUGGAUCAAAUACGCUCGGUUUGAAGAGAAGCACGGAUACAUCGCCCAUGGCAGGAAGGUGUACGAAAGGGCAGUGGAGUUCUUCGGGGAGGACCAUGUGGACGAAAACCUCUUUGUGGCCUUUGCCAAGUUUGAGGAGACACAGAAAGAGUUUGAACGUGUUCGGGUGAUCUAUAAGUAUGCUUUGGACAGAAUCCCUAAACACCAGGCACAGGAGCUCUUCAAGUACUACACCAUGUUUGAAAAGAAGUUUGGAGACCGAAGAGGAAUAGAAGACGUCAUCGUUAGCAAGAGAAGGUUCCAGUAUGAGGAGGAAGUCAAGGCAAACCCACACAACUAUGAUGCCUGGUUUGAUUACCUUCGUUUGGUGGAGAAUGACGCAGACCCAGACACAGUGAGAGAGGUUUAUGAGAGAGCCAUCGCCAACAUGCCCCCCAUCCAGGAGAAGAGACACUGGAAACGAUACAUCUACCUGUGGAUCAACUACGCUCUGUACGAAGAGCUGGAGGUCAAGGAUCCUGAGAGAACCAGGCAGGUCUAUCAGGCAAGCCUGGAUCUCAUCCCACAUAAAAAGUUCACAUUUGCUAAGAUGUGGCUGCUUUACGCUCAGUUUGAGAUCCGGCAGAAGAACCUGCAGGGAGCCAGAAGGGUCAUGGGUACAGCAAUCGGUAAAUGUCCGAAAAACAAGCUGCUGAAGGGCUACAUCGAGCUGGAGCUGCAGCUACGUGAGUUCGACCGCUGCAGGAAGCUGUACGAGAAAUACCUGGAGUUCAGUCCGGAGAACUGCACCACCUGGAUCAAGUUUGCCGAGCUGGAGACGAUCCUGGGAGACACAGAGAGAGCCCGCGGUAUCUUCGAGCUCGCCAUCGGACAACCGCGACUCGACAUGCCAGAGGUGCUGUGGAAGUCCUACAUUGACUUUGAAAUUGAGCAGGAGGAGUAUGGAAACACCAGAAACCUUUACAAAAGGCUGCUGCAGCGCACGCAGCAUGUCAAGGUUUGGAUCAGCUACGCCAAGUUCGAGCUGUCCAUCGACAGCCCCGACAGGCUGCAGAAGUGCCGGCAGAUCUUUGAGGAGGCCAACAAGAGCCUGAGGAACUGCGAGGAGAAGGAGGAGCGUCUGAUGCUGCUCGAGUCCUGGAGCGACUUCGAGGAGGAGUUCGGAUCCGACAGCACGAUGGAGAGAGUGAGGAAGCUGCUACCGGAGAAGGUGAAGAAGAGGAGGAAGCUGACGGCCGAGGACGGGUCGGACGCAGGCUGGGAGGAGUACUACGACUACAUCUUCCCAGAAGACGCAGCCAACCAGCCCAACCUCAAACUGCUGGCCAUGGCGAAGAUGUGGAAGAAGCAGCAGGUAGUGGAAACGACACAGGAGGAUCCAGAAAACGCUCCAGCGGCUGAAGGGACGUCAUCACCCUCUGACAAGCCUGCAGCUCCUCCUGAAAACGGCUCCGACAAAAACACUGCCACCGAAACAGAACAGGAGGCAACGUACGAUGAUCGAGACGAUGACGUCAGCAGCACCAGCAGCGAGAGUGACAGUAGUGAUGAGGAUGGAGAGAAAGAGGAGAAACAGAGCCGGAGCAGAGAUGAAGAUGCAGAGAAAGAGAGCCGAAGUGGAGAUGAAGAUGAUAAAGAUUAGACUCAUGUUUGGGAGAAUUUCCCCGCUCAGGGAAACGAAAGGGGCGACGUUCAUCCUGGACCGAUUUUUCUACUGAUCUGUUUUAUACCACAAACAAAACAAUGAGCUCAUGAGCGAACAGUCUUUAUUGUGUGACCAUGUUUUGUGCCAUUAUACAAACAUCAAGUCAAACUCGUCUGUUGUCUUAUUUCUCAAUUAAAUGUUGAUUGAUAAUGUACAGGAAUGAAA